AUGAACUGGAGAGGGAUCUCAGGCCGCCGAAAUGACUAAACAACCACAAGGACGGGGAUCACAAGUGAGGGCCCUCCCGGGCUCUCCAGCGGACCGGUGGCGCUUAAUAAAUGCUCGACUUUCCGGAGAGGUUCUGUUUCCGGCUCUCCCUUCCCUCUCAGGCACCUCACCCUGUUUCCAUGGUAACAAGCACGGAGGCGUGUGUCACUUCCGCCAGGGAAAGCCAUCAUUUCCGGUGCCUGGAGCAGCUGCUACCUUUGCCACCUGGACCCUGACCUUUGGCUUUUCUGUGGCCCCCCCCCCCCCCACUCCCUGGCCUCGCCAUUUCCUGCCUACACUGCAUUGUAAGUGCUGCUUCCGCUUCCGGUCAACCCUCCCUCCCCGCGCCGCCCCCAUGACCCCGCAGGUGAGCGGGCUUUUCCUGGGAACUCCGCCCCCCACAGCAGCCGGGACUUGGUUUUGCUCCUGAGGCUGCCGGGGUGAACCCAGAUGGGGACCUGGAGGCCGCACGGGGAGCCUCGGUCUGGCCCCCCCUCCCCUUUCCUGGCGCUCAGAGGCCCCCGGGGUCAGGUGACUGCUCCAAGGCGGCCACUUGAACCCAGACCGCCCAAACUGGGGUUUCCGGGAGCGCCUGGAGAGCUCCAGGACUGCGUGCCCGGGGGAGGCCGCCCCCACUUGUUUGGGGGCCCCCGUGAUGGAGCGAGGGGAAGCUCCGCAGGCCCCUGUUUCCUCUGCUGCCCAAUGGGUGGCUUCUCGGGCUUGACUUGGGGGAAGCCAGUGAGAAGGGGCAGAGGAUUGUCUGGCGCAGGAGCUGGCGGGGGAGAGCCGGAGAGAGCCGGAGAGAGCCGAGCUCGGGGGCAGCUGGGAAAGCCGCUCCCUGCCUCAGCUCCUUCUCUGAAUCCUUAGCUCCAGGGGCCUGCAGAAGCGCUUUGUCUUAACUUGGACAGCCUCCCGGGCGGAGCCCAAGAUCCAAAGACCCGAGUUAGAAUCCUGCCUCAGAGCCCGCAAAGGGCAGGAGGAAAGUGACAGUGCGCUCUGGCUGCAGCGAGGGCACUUCCUAGGCCCGCCCUCUCUUCCUGCUCCCCAGCGUGGACCUCCCAGCAGAAACCCCAGGAUCCCGGGCUCCCUCUGGGGCUAGAUGGGCGGCCAAAGGGGAACAGCGGUAGUCAGGGGCCCAGCCCCGAGCAUCUUCUCUGGGAGACUGCCCCCCCCUCCCCCAGGCUCUUCCCAGAGUGGUCAGCAGCUGCCCAGAAGCUCCACCUCAGGGUGCCGCUCAUUUCACUUCCUGCCUUUCCUGCUGCCUUCCGUGGUCGCCAGCUCUAGCCACAAGCCUUCGUCUACCCUUCCUCCGCAGCACUUCAAGAUUUGGGGCCGUGAUCCCAGCCUGGCUUCCAGGGUGACCACAGAGCUGUCCCGCGGCUUCUCCUCAGCCCGGGGGUCCAGAGUGCUGCCCCCCAGGACGAGGGCUUUUGCAGGCCGGGAGGGAGAGGAACAGGCGCAAUUCACGGCACUGAGGAAAAGGGGCAGCCGAGUGCCAGCUGGAGCUGGGCUCCCGGGGCCUCUGCACAGCAGGCCCGGGUGGCCCAGUGCCUCUCCAUUGCCCACGGAGCUCGCGUCUAGCACGCGUCUCUGGGUACUCGGGCUUCUCUAACCUGAGCCCGUGUAGUUGUUCCAGAGCGGCGAGGGCGAGGCUCUGGAGGUGAAGUGGCUUGCCGGCGCUCCCCCAGCUGGGAAGGGUCUGAGACCCAUUUGAACCCAGGACUGCCUGGCUCUCCAUCUAGCCAGCCAGCCUGUGGCCUGCCCUCCCCUUCAUCUCCUCGCUUUCACGUCUAGCUCACCUCAUAAGUCUCCUCCUCCUCUUCCUCCUCCAUCUCCUCUUCUCUCCUCUUCCUCUUCCACUUCCUCCUCCUCCUCCUCUUCCUCAUUUUCCUCCUCCUCUUCUUCCUCCUCCCUCCCCUGUGCAGGGUCCCGGCUUCUCUGCAGCUCGUCACCGCCAUUCUGAGGCCCCAUCGGCUCUGGCGUCCAGCCCUGGCCCUCUUUCACAGCCCCUGUGCCUAUUCGCGGACUCCGAGGCCUUCUGGCUGUUGGCCCACGUGGCAGCCCAUUUUCCGUUCCGGAGCCACUGGGGCCUCUCCAGCUCUGCUGCUCGGUUCCUCCUUCAAACAGGAAGCCGUGCCAGGUCGGCUCCAGUUUCCAUUUCUCAGGCCCGGCCCAGCGUGCGGCCCAGGCCCAAGUCCAAGCCCCGAGGUGCCGAGGGCCGGCCGAAGGCGGUGGCCGGAGGAGAUCCCGGCUCCAGCACAGACUUCUCUCUCAGCAGCGGGGACGGGCCUCGCUGGGGCCGUAUCACCUCACGCUUUGUGUCCCUGCUUUCCGAGGCCCGAUCCUGGCCAAACGCUCCCUCGAUCCCCCGGCGGCACGCUCUGAGACGGGGGUAGCCCUGCUCCCGCCUCCUGGCUGUGUGGCCCUGAGUGAGUUUCUGGCGUCCUUAUUUGGGAAGUGCAGCCGCUGCCUCGCUAGAAUUUUUCCGUUUCCCCAACUUCCUUCUAGAGCGUCGCCCGCUUGAGGGCAGCCAUGGCAACAAGUAGGUCUUGAGGACCUACUGUGUGCCCACAGAGGCCUCUUGCCGAGUACUAGAAAACUGGCUGGAUAAUCGCCAGAGGGCAGGCUCUAGCACCGAGGGGUGGGAUUUUAACAGGAACUUGGAGGAAGUCAGGGAGUGGGGGAGGAAGAGCAUUCCUGGUGCCCAGGCAGAGUCGGGAUGGAGUAGUUCAUGGAUCAGCCAAGAGGUCAGGCUCCCUGCUUCAGAGUUCUUCGAGGCAGUGUCAGGUGUUGGGAGGCUGCAAAGGCUGAGGGGCUGGAGGUUAGGGAAGGGCUUGAAUGCCAAGGAGAGGAUUUUCUACUUCAUCCUGGAGGUAAAGAGGGGACGCUGGAGGGGGUGAAUGAGGGUGGCAGCAGUGUCGGAGGAGAAAGGGGGGCCUAGAAAGGAAUUGCACUCCUGUGAGCCUAGCUUUCCUGCCUCACCAUCCCUUUGGCUGGCUCCCGAGCCUCUGCUCUCUCGGUGCCUCUCUUACAUUUUGGUGGUGACUGAGGGAAUCCAUUGGCUACUUAGCAGUCUUGAGCAACAGAUUCAGCACUGAGUAUUUGAACCCUUAACAUGCUGGGGCCAGAGAAUCCCAUUCAUUGCAGAGGUUACAGCUGGGAAAUAGAUCUGGCAACCGCUUGUCUAGAGAUGAUUAUUGAGUCCAUGGGAGCUGGCAAAAUCGCCAAGGAAGACACUCCAGAGGGCCCUCGGUACCCAGUGGGGUCUAGAUGAAGGCCUGGAGGCCGUAGAGGUCCGGGAAGGAGCAGCGAGAGAGGGAGGAGGAGAACUAAGAGGAGGGACCCAGAAGCCCAGGGAGGAGGGGGUGAUCAAAGGGCCUAGGCUGUGGAGAGGCCAAGAGCAAUGAGGUCUGGGAAAAGGCCAUUGGAUCUGGUCACUUUGGGGAACAGUCUCAGAGGAAAGAGGAGGCGGGAAACUGGAGUCGAGAAAGUUCUAGAGGACGAGAGGAAAGGAACCUUCACUGGAGACAGCCCUUUGAAGGAGUUUGACUAGAGAAGAAAGGAGCGAUUACGGGCUGCUAGGCUGACAGGCCACGUACUUCAAGCAAGGACAUUUUGAGGGUUGUGGAUUUGUGGUCAGCAAAUGUUGGCGAGAAUUUGAAUCCCCAACAUCCUCUCUCCCUUCCCAGCUUUAAAGGCUAGAGCAGCAGGUGGUUCCAGGCACUAUUUCUGUUCUUAACAAUUUCUUUCAGAUCGGGUUACUGGGCCUGAAACCAUGGAGCCAUUUUCCAAGCAGGGCCCUUGUGUGGAACAGUCAUCUUCAGAGAGACUCACACAGAAUGAUGCCUUUGUUUUCAGCCCAAGAGAAACCUGGGAAGGUGCUCUUGGCUUAUCCUGGAGGACAAGCCUGAGCAAGGCCAAGUCACCCAAAGAAACAUCCCCAGUAAAGUGGGUGGGUCUGAGCGUAGACGAGAUGGUCGAAGGGCUGCUUUAGGGCCUGGUGAUUUUCCUCAGCAGAGUUUCAGUCCAUAUUCCAGUCUCAGUCUCUGUAAUGGAAACUUCCAAGAAGCUGGCUUCUCAGUGUCACGAAUGUGGGAAAACCCUCAAUCAUAGCUCAGCUGUUAUUCUCCCCCAGGCAGUUCAACCCAGGGCCAAAUCCCCUAAAUAUGAUGAAUGGGAGGAGUCUUUCCCCCAGAACAUGCAGCGUAGUAAACAGCUGGGAGUAAACAUUCUGGAGAGAGAUUCAGUGAACACAACAACUGUGGGAAGGUCUUCCGCUGUGGCUUAUUCCGUAGCUCCUCUUACAGGCUUCACACUAGCACAAAGCAACAUGAAUUCAGUGACUGGGGGAAGGUCUUGGCUGCAGCACAUCCCUUAUUUCCCAUCAUCAGAUCCACACUGGAGAGAAGCCAUUUGCAUGUGGUGACUGUGGGAAGUCGGCUUUCUCAGUAUCACUGGAGAGAAAAAGUCUUAUGAAUGCCGUGUGUGGGAAGAUCUUCCUCCAGAGAACAGAACUUACUCAGCAUUGGAGUAGUCACACAGGAGGAAAACCAGCACAGUGUAAUCAAUGUGGGAAGCUUUUCCCUCAUUUCCCAUCAGACAAUUCACACUGAGGAGGAACCUUAGGAAUGUCAGGAAUGUGGGACAGCCUUCCCCUGGUGCAAACAGCUCACUAGGCACCAGAGUAUUCAUACUAGAGAAGAACUUGAUGAAUUCUAUGAAUGUGAGAAAACUGCCCGCCAGAGGAUAGAAUUUGCUUCUCAUCAGAGUGGUUUGGCAGGAGAGAAAGCUUGUGAAGACAAGGCAUGUGGGAAGACCUUUAACCGAAGCUCAUCCCUCACUUCUCAUUGUAGAAUUCAUAGCGGAGAGAAGCCAUAUGAUGGUAAUGAGUGUGGCAAGGCCUUCCACCUGAGGAAAUAGCUGACUGCCCAUCAGAGAACUCACACUGGAGAGAAAUUGUAUAUAUGUAGUGAAUGUGGCGUGAACUUUAGAUUGCUCCAUCCUACUUAGUCUAACAAAAACAGGAAUGUCUACACCCCUUUUUAAGGGUUAAGAAUUGAGAAGGUUGGCCUAUCACAGACAUGUGCUAGCAAGUGACAAAUCAGAAACAGCUGACAGACCCCUGGGCUGUCCUAAGUCAAGCCUAAGAGAUCACUGGUACAUGUGGGACGCAGGAAAGUGAUGUAAAAGCGGUCUAUAUAUUUGCUGGACUUCCUCUUGCCGGGUGCUCUUUGAUGGCUGUAAACCUUAAAAUUUCUUAGACUUAUAAAUGUUGGAAAUUUCAUACUUGAAAAAUUUCCUAUUGAUAGUGGGUCUUGGCUAUUGGAAUGUGAACCCCAUUGGCAUGGGAGGUUCCUCCUCCUCCCUUCUUGAGAUUACUUUAGGACAGAAACCUUUUGCUGAACAAUGGAAAGGGCUUUGACCUAUGCUUAAGCACAGAACAGGAAUUUCUUUGAGUCAUGAUUGAUUUUAGAAUUGAUACAAUGGAGAUACUUGGAAUGACAGAACCAAGUCUUGGAAAUUGCAAUCUCCACCCUACUCAGUCCUAACAGAAUUUAGGAAGGGCUGCAGCAUAGAUCAAAAUUUAAUUAUUUGAGAAUAUGACCUCCAACAGACAUGUGCAAAGCCACAGACCUCUGGGCUCUUGUCACAUUGUGGAGGUGUUGAGCUCAGGGUCUCUCCAUCAGGGAUGAUGGGUUCGACUAUCAGUGUGGCUUAUGGCAGUGUUUUGGCAUUAUAGUGACCCCCCACGGGAGUCCUACAACAUUUAUCUGUGGGUAAUAACUUGAGGAGGGGAGAGGAGGCUAAGGAAAUGGGAGAAUAAUAAUGACUCAAAUGUAGAAGUAGAAACACAUGGGAGUAAUGUGAACUCCAAGGAAAUAAGAGGAACAAGAGAAUAGGUGGGGAGUACCAACCCCUUGAUACCCCUAGACAAGAGAGUCUGCUUUGGGAGUGAUAGCAUCACUAGAAAAAGGGGGGAGUCUCAACUCCCUGGUACCUCCUAUAGCAAUAGGAAGCACUGGCGACAGCAUUGCUAUGAAAGAGAUAUAGUGAAGCAAGAGAGGUAAGAGGAGAGAAGGAAGAAGAGUAAGAGUGAGAGAGAGUUGAGGAGGAAGUGAAGGGGGAGAGAGCUAGUUAGAGCGAGCUAGUAAAGGGCUAGAAAGAGAGUUUGUAAGAGAGCGUUUGGUGCGAGUCCCCUAGUAUUUAUUGAAGGUUUUAGGACUGUGGAUCAACAAAUACGUAAUAUGACAUAGGUUUUAACAUUGGUUGAACUGACAAUGAUGAGAUCAAAGAGGUGGGGAUUAAUCCAACCAGUCCCAGCAGAAGCAGUGUGGCCCUGAGGCAGUGUGGUCAGUCAAGGUCCAUCCUUUGCUAGUGUUUCGGCCUAUCCCUUUCCAUACAAUGACCACGAAGAGGUCUGACCGUGUGUCUGGAAAUACAAUAUCAAUACCUCAAUCAUACUUCCCAGAUGCUAACAUGCCUGGUGUGCUACAGGCAUCUUGGUGUGGGUCAGGUGAGGUGUCUUCCCUGAUCUCUCAGAGUUUAGGCUGAUUCCUUGUUUUUCUUUACCUUUCCUAAAGGUUAUCCCCCUAGGAGGCCCCUCAUCUUGGAGGAGGCCUCAUGGCUGAGGUCUCUGAACUUCCCUCGGCUCUGGCUAGGCCGGAGAAAUCUUAUACCCUUUUCUGUCUCUCUUCUUCUUAAUUCCUUCCCUCAAUAUUAAUUAAACCACCAUAAAAUUUCCAAACUGACUUGAGAACUUUUAUUGGGAUUUGAAUUAAUCCCUGACGACCAUAAGGAUAACAUAUUAGUCAAAACCCUCUAAAUGUACCCCUUACAGUGGGAAGGCCUUCACAUGUAACUCCUCCCUUAUUUCCUAUCAGACAGUUCACACUGGGGAGGAACCUUAUGAAUGUCCCGACUGUGGGGGAUCCUUUCCCAGAGUACACAACUCACUCAACAUCCGAGAACAUUGAAGGGAAGCCCAAUGAAGGUAAAUGCUCCUGAAUAUCAUGAACAUGAGGAGGCGGACAUCGGCCAGAGCGUACACAGCCUUGCCUGAAAAUAAAAGAAUGCAACAGAAUGCAGAGCCUCGGGACCAAGCAGGGGUCCUCUUCCUGCUUUGCCACUCGGCUACCUCCAUCUCCUGUUUGACUUCCUCCAUUCCCGCCUGUACACGCUUGGUGAUGACAGAGACUCCUUAUUCCCAGUAGAAGUUGUGGCCACAGGCUUCUUCCCUGCCCCCUCCUUCAGAAGUUCUCAGCAUCCUUGCCCACCUUUCCUCAAUCGGGCCCAUUUCCUCCUGCCUACUCUGGACCUCGUCCCCUCUGGAAGUCCUCUGCCUUCAUAUUCGCUAAAGACUCGAGUGCUAGGAAAGCCGGCGACAAACCCCCCAAGCCUGUUCUUGAUCCUUCCUACCAUGCGUUGCCGGCCCAUCUUCUCCCCUUUGCAACCAAAGUUCUCUGGCAUCGCAGCUCCCCACGUCCUUAGCCCAGAGGCAGAGAGCCCCGUGGAAAGAACAUUGUCUGGGGUUUGGACACGUAGGCUCAAAGGCCAUCCUUGAGGACGAUGAGCAGCCGGACACCGGCCGAGCCACUCAUGCUGGGCCUUGGUCUUCCCAUUUGUGAUUCGCUCUCCCUGUGGUGUCGCAGCCAUUCUUUUGUGUGGAUAAAAUGCUGGAUCUUAGGGAGGAAGAUCUGAGGGCAAAUCCUGCUCCAGACACUUCCUCUGUAACUGCUCAUCUGUGAAACGGGAACAGGAGGGUGAAGUGAGCUCAGGCAUGUUGUAAGCCCUCAGAUGGUCUCUCUGGGACGACGCCAAAUGGACUCUCAAAAAGGAGCGCCUUCCCGGACUUGUGUCUCCUGCUGUCCUCUCCUCUGUCUUCAGUGGCUGCUGGUCCCAGGGCCUGCCCUCUGCACGGAGCAGCCCUUCGGCCCGCGCAUGGCGCCUGGCCCCAUUGGGAGCUCCGGCAGGCCAGCCUUCCAGGUGCCCGACGGCCUGGCUCCGGGCCCUGUGGGGUCUCUUGUUCUUCCCACGGGGGCUUUCCAUGCCCGCUACCUGCGCCCUCAGCCCCAAAGGCUCAGGCUUCCUGUCAGAGGACACGAGGCAUCUUCAGCCCACCAGCUCCACCAGGAGGGGGCGCAGGAGGAAGAGGAAGAGACGGCCGGGCUCUGUGCACUUCUGCAAUGGCUCCGGGCCCAGCCCGAUUCCACUGAACAAAUGCUUGUUGACUGGCUGACUGACGGCUGUUGGCUCCUGGGGGCUUCACAGCUAAGAUCACACACAGGCUGGUGGCCUUUCUAGGCUGACCCUCAUUCCGUACCUCCCUCUUCGUGCCAGCCGUAGGUGCUAGGAGAGACCCGGCAGGCGCUCUAGAACGUUGAUUCCUUCUAAGCCAGGCCCGGGCCGAGCUGCUCACCACUACCUGCCGGUGGCCUCGUGCCCUCUUGGUUCCUCAGGCCAAGGGCUCCCCCUUCUGGGCAAGCGCACUGAACGGCUCAAUCCCAGAACUACUAUUCCCAGAAGGCAUUGCGCAACCACUUCCGGCUGCUUGGGAUCACCGUGACGUCACGUCCGAUUUCUCCUGUUUAUGCUGCUGCCGCUGCCGCUGUUGCCAGUGUGCUACCUUCCGGAGGCUCCCCGUGUCUGGCCAGGUCCGACUUCUGCCUGGCCGUCUGUCCAUCCGUCUUCAGUUGCCACAAGCCCGGCGGAGCCCCUGCAGGCUUGACGGAUGGACGGGCUUCGAUGGAAGAGAGCAGUGAAGGGCAGGUGUGGUUGCCGGCCCGGCUCCCCCCUCCUCCCCGGAGCCGCCCUGGCGGACCCCCCCCCACGUUUAUGGAGACCCCCGACGGGCUCCAAGUCUCGCUCCUUGGAGGGGGGGAAGGGAGGGAGGGGAGGCAGGGGGAAGGGGCAGGGGGGGCCCUUGCUGGCGCCUCUGCCUGAGUUCUUCCCCGAGGGCUCCCGCCCUCCCCUGGCCUCUCCCUGGGCCCCGGCUUGCCCCAGGAUGUGGCUCCGGGAACCUCCCGCCCCCUCCGGCGUCUUCCGGCCUCUGGAGUGCCGCUUGCAGGCCGGCUCCUUCCUGCGCGUCCCCCCAGGGUGCCAAGCCGCAGCCUGCGGGGUAAAGAGGAAGGGGGGGCUGGGGGGGCCGGCCCGGGGCUGGUCACUCAGUCUGGCCAGAUGCAUUGUGCGGGUCAGCAUCGCUGGGCUUCCGGACGGGGCUGGACCUUGACCCCGGAGCAGCGGGGGCACCCCUGGAGGUGAUGCUGGAGCACUCCCAGGACAGGCCUGCCCGGCGGGGCCGUCUUGGGGGUCCUCCUGACGCCGGCCGGGGCGCCCAGGCUGCCAGUUCUUGGGUGGCCCAAAGCCGGCGCCGGAGGGGGCGGCAGACGUCCGGCCUCACCUAUGGCAAGGCAAGAGGAACGCGGGGACUCGUGACCUGUCCGAGGUCAGCUGGGCGGCCUUGAACCCCGGCGAGCCUUCGCCGCCCCUCUGUCUCUGCAAGGUCCAUCCGUCGUCUUCCUGCUCGCCCUGAGUGCUCUUUUGCUCUGUCGUUCUUUCUGGGUCCCUCGAGCGCCCCGGCAGCCGCGCUGAGCCCCUCGAGCCCGUCUGGGGCGGGGACGGGCGCCCCGCGAUGGGCUCUGGGCCCCGAUCGGAGCCGGGACGAGCUCAACGGACAGUUGCUGCGGAAGGGGGCGCGCUGGAGAAGGCUGCCCGGGGGAGGGGAGUCGGGCCAGGAAUAGCCUUUUCUGGGGCCCAUCUGCACCCCGGGGAAGCCCUCGCGGCAGACACAGAGUCGAAUGAGCCAGAAACGCUCGGAACGCCUCGAGCUUCCUCCUGGUUCUGCUCCGACGGGCCCGAACAGGUUUCCGGCCCCCUCGGGCGGCUGUGGGCUCCUCCAUGGCCCCGGGUCCCCUGGGCGGGCAGCCCCCGGCCUCGGCUCUUCAGCUCCCUCUGACGUAGCCCUGGGUCAAAGGGGAGGCUGGAUCCGUCUGCUUUCUCGUCUCUCCCACGUCCUGCUGGUCUGUCCUCUCCCCCCCCCCCCAGGAAUGAGGGCCUCCAAGGUCCUGCCAUGCCCGCCUCUUCCUGCCCAGGCCGGGACAAUGCCCGCCUCUUCCUGCCCAGGCCGGGACAAUGCCCGCCUCUUCCUGCCCAGGCCCGGACAAUGCCCGCCUCUUCCUGCCCAGACAGGAAGGAGGCACCAGGAGGUGCUUCGCGAGUCUGGCUGCCGGUGGGACUGUCUGCUUUGGAGUCCUCCAUCGGGACUCGACUGACUCCACUGCAGACCCUCCCCUGCGCGGUCCAGCCCUGCCCCCGCCUCCAGGCCCGAAUGGCUCUUCCCGCCUUUUCGGUCUGACGUGUGAAGGGGAAGCCCGGCGUUGGCGAAUCUGCCCUUCUUUCCGCUCGUCCUCGGGCUCGAUCCCUCUUUGGAAGAAGCCUGCCUGUUGAGGCCCUGCCAGGGCCUGCCUUUUGCUCUGCUGUAUUUGAAUUGAGCUCUGGCCUUGGCGGGGAAGAGCCGAGUUCCGAUCCAGCCUCAGACGCUUGUCGCUGUGGUCACUUCUCCGCUCUCACUGGAAGGGCGCGACCCCGAACUAGGAGAAGGAAGGACAAGGAAGGACGGCCCGACUGCGCCUUCCUCCCUCCGGGCCGGGAGGAGUUGGCCGCAGAUACUGGCUUCUCCAACGGCUUCUCUGCCGGGAGCCUCCUCCCCUCCUCCUCAGCCUGCACCCUUUGGCAGCUUCUCCCCCACCCCCGAUCCUGCGGUGUUUGCUUGUUGUUAACCCUCCCCUUCCAGCAUGGAGUCCGGACUGUGGAUCGCCUCCAAGGCACAAGAGUGGUGAGGGCUGGGCCAGGGCCGGAUUGGAACCCAGGACCUCCCGGUGCUUUCCCUCAACUCUCAUCUGUGGCCCCAAGAAGCUGUAGCCGGCCUCCAGCCCCAUCCAGCUGAUGGGCUGCCCGCCUGUCAGCGCCUUGGGCUGGGGCCUCCUCCGGAGGAAAGGGAGGACGAGAACAGCUUCUUCCAGGGGCCUGAAGGCCGCCGAAGCACCCCCCGGGGAGUGCUCAGAGCUCGGCGAGAUGCAGAGGAUGCCUCCGUCCGCCACUGCGCCUCCCGCCAUUGCCGGGCAGCCCUGGGAGGCCCGCCCGCGGCGUUGCGCUUUUCUAGUGGGCAGGAAAUCCAAAAGGAGCGACCCGCGCGGCUCCCUCCGUUUCUUCUUCUUCUGGCUACAUCGAGCGCUGUGGAUCCCCUUCGUUUACACCCAGUCAGAGCCGACUGGCUCGUGGUUUGAGUUUAAAUUUCUUGGCCCGUUAGAGGAAGGGCCACGUCCUGCUUCCUCGUCUUUUCCCAGAAGCCUUCUCGGGCCCGGUGACGGGAUCGAACACCCGCGUGAUUCUUGAUGAGUCUGUCCUGUUGCUAGUUUUCUCAUCUUGAACCCACUCGGCAUUCGUGGACCGUAAUCUUUGCUGACAGUCAAACGCGUUGAGUCAGUAUUCACCAGGGAUCUUGGUUUGUCAUUUCCCUCUUUUAUCUGUGCCGCAUUUCUGUUAGAGAAGGAAUUUGGCAAAGAAACCCCUUCUUUCCCAGAGGUUUUUGUUUGUCGUUAUUCUUUGAAUCAUCUCAGAAUUCACACGUAAAUCCAUCUGGUUCCAACGCUUUUCCUUGCCGGCUCAUUUAUGGCUCGUUUGUUCAUUUGCUUUCCUGAGACCGGGUUAGGGUCUCUGUUUCUUGUUACGCCAUUGUACAUUUUGUAUCGAUAUUCGUUUUUUAGCUGGUCGUCUUGUGGGCACGUCAUGGGACAAAUUCGUCUCUGGGAAUCCUGUUUCUUCCUUAAUAUUUCACUUUGACUCCUAAUCGUCUGGUUUUCCUCUUUGCUGUAUCUAAUUUAGUUCCCUGCCAAAGCAAAUCCUGGUUUAUUUGUUAAUUCAUUGUCUUUUCUUCUUUCGGAAAUGUAGCUUGGCUCAUUGGUGUGUGGCUCACAGUAUAUGGCAGAAUUCCCUCUGCCAUUUUCCACAAGGGCCACAUUCAUCUUUGGGGAUUUCCUAGCCUUGGGUCUCCCACCAGAUUAUGAGACAGGAAUGUCGUGAUCGAUUUUUGCUUGUUGUCUUUAGGAAACCCUCGAGCCGUCCACGCGGUAGUUUUGGGACUGCCUGUUGGAGGUGGAACAUGUCCUGCAGUAUCUUUCCUUCAGGGCCAUCAACUACGGCUUUAGCCAAGGCUGGGUCUGGAUGGUGCCACCUGGUUCUUAAGUGCUCCAAAAGUGCCUGUAAUCUAUUCUGAAAGUGAAUUCUCAGGUCUCACAGUCUUCCCCAGAGACUGUGUUGGUGUUCUUCUUGCUGGCUCAGCAACGCGAGCCUUCCAAGAUGGUCCGCACUCAAAAAGCAUGACGGAGCCCAGAGAAAACGAUGGCUCUGAUCGAGAUAGAAGCGGACCUCGCGUCCUCACAAGGCAUGUCAGUGUUCUCAGUUUGAUUGAUCUCUCCUUUGAUCUUUAGAAUUUGUUUUUCUUCUUCAUUGAUUAAAAGACAGUUUUCUGGUUUUUUUAAUCACUUGCCCAGUUCAUCAACUGUUCUUCCUUUUUUUGGUUGAUAAAAGUGCUUAGAGAUAGAAAAUCUCCUCUGAGGACUGCUUUGGUUGCAUUCCAAAAAAAAUGUCGACAUGCAGUCUUUUUGUUGUCAUCAUCUUUAAUGGUAUCUCUUCAGUUUGUUCUUUGGUGCGCCACUUCUUUAGGGUUCAGUUAUUGAGCCUCUAAUUCAUGUUUCAUCGUUUUUUAUUGAAUGUCAUUUUUAGUGCCCUGUAAUCAGUAAAGGAUAAGUUGAAUCUCUGAUUUUCUGAAUUCAUUUGUGAUGGUUCUAUUCUUGAGUACAGGGUCAGUUUUUAUUUUUAUUUAUUUAUUAUUUUAAAACCUCACCUUCUGUCUUGGAGGCUAUACUGUGUAUUGGCUCCAAGGCAGAAGAUUGGUAAGGGCUAGGCCAUGUGACUUGCCCAGGGUCACACAGCUGGGAAGUAUCUGAGGUCAGAUUUGAACCCAGGACCUCCCAUCUCUAAGCCUGAUUCUCAAUCCACUGAGCCAGGCAGGUGUGCCAGGGUCAGCUUUUAUAAAGGUGCCAUGUGCAGCUGAGGACUAUCUGGUAAUUGCUUAUGUAGCUUCUCUAUAAUCCUCUUCAGGCUAUUCACUCCUUUAUUGUUUAUUUGUUGGUCAGACUCAGUUUGGUCCUGAAAGGGUUACCUUGUGGUCCUCUGCCGCUCUAGCUAUAUUAUUUCCCUUGAAAAUCAGCUUUUUCUUUUAGUAUUUCGGUGGUCUGGGAUGCCAUUCUCCCAUUCGUCUCUGCUGUGCUCCACUUGGACUGUCCGAGUCAGUAGUUGAAGUUUUCUCACCUUUGUUCUUCUCUGGAAAGCUCUCGUUUCUCUUCUGACUUUUGUUCUCAUUUGAUCUAAAAGAUUAAACACACACAGCUCACCUGACACAAGUAAAGCCUGGGGGAUUGCGUGUUGGCUGUGGGGGAGGGAGAGCAGGAGGAACUUGUCCCCAUGGACAGAGAUUCUGAAUGAAUUCAUUAAAGACACGUCUUCAAUAAAAACCGCACAGUGGUCCUCGCUCCGUUCCUCCAGGAACUCUCGUUGCCCUCUGUUGGGGUGUGUGAGUCAAUUAAAAACAAAACCAAAACUAAAACCAAAAACAAAGAAAGAAAAAAUAAUGAAAGAAAAAUUAAACCCUUUUAUAUAUAUAUUUUAAGAAAAAUUCAAAAUCAGCAUCAAAAUAUCAAAAAUCUAUGUAUACAAAAUUUUCAGUAAGCAAGAAUAAAUUUCUCACAGGCCCUUGUAUUAGGGUCCAAUUAAGUAAUUUCUAUCCCACAAGUCUGUAGGACAGAAUGCAGUAAUAUUUCACUUACCCAUUUGCAGCCAAGGCUACAGGAAGUUGCCAUACUAUAGGAGAGAAAAAAGGACCAGAUUUUUAUUUUGAUAGGGAAGUGUGUCAUUCCCUGGUCUGAUUUUCCCUUCAUUCUCCGGGACAGAGAGGGAGCCAGGAUGAUAAGCAACCUUUGGUACUCGUCUGUAAGUAUUUUCACAAAGAGUGUGGAUACAAGGAGUCCCUCAUCUUAACGUAUGUCAAGCGUUGCAACCUUGAGUCUCACACUCGGUUCAAGUCCUUUGUAUUGGCUUAGAAGUGCAUCAAUCCUACCUGGAUUGGUUCUUCCUUUGUUGACCUGUGUGCUCUUUUGGCACUAUUCAGGUUAAGUCUGUGCUCCAUUUUGAUCCCGUUCCUAGAAUCAGACACAAACAUUAAUCACAGUCCCAUAACAAUUAUCAAUAAAUGGCAGGUUCCCACAGACUAAAGCUGUUUGGGUAUAUGUUAAUGUUAUAGCAAGUAUAUAUAUUUAGACUUUAUAUUAUUAUAGAAUAAAAAUGAAUAUUGAUUGUACCUUGAGUACACAGAAAUGAGAAAAGGGAAAAAUCAAAUAUUUAAAAAAUAAAGGAAAAAAUAACAAAAUAAGGAAAAAGAGAAAAGAGAAAAAAAUUCAGGAAUUCAUUGGGUUAGAAAAAGACACCCACUUGUCAAUGGAUUAUUAUCUUCAAUGCAUGUGAUAUGCAUAUGAUAUAAUACAUGUGACAGUCAAUCAGUCUCAGCAGAAGAUGCUUUCUUCACACGUGAGCAAUGAAUCCAAGAAUCUCUUUCUCCAAUCUUUAUAGAUGUUGGAGUAGUUAAUAUUUGGAAUGGUCCCUCCCAGGAAGGCUGGGUUGCUCCAGUAGGCUGGAAAUUCUUAAUAUACACUUUAUCUCUUGGGUUCAGGUCAUGCAGAGAAAAGUCUAGUGGUCCGGCUUGAACUGCAGCUCCAGAUUCAUGAAGGUCAUGUAGUUUGUGCUGUAAUUCCUGUAUAUAGGAAGCAAUAGUAGUAUCUCCCCCUAAUAGUGAUGUAUAUGCAGGGGGGAAAGGGUUAACUUGUAUAGGCAGAUGUCCAAAAAGCAUCUCUAAUGGUGAGAUGUGUAAGUCUCCUCUAGGCCUACUUCUAAGAGAAAAUAGUGCCAGAGGGAGAAUUUCAGGCCAUUUAUAAUGUGUGAAAAAUUCAUGCAUAAUUUAUGGUUGUAUGGUUCCCUUUGUGGACUUUUUUUUUUGUCCCUCAAAAAUCAGGGUUUUAUUUUUUUAACACUUUAAGGUUUGUCAAAAAUAAUUAUGCCUCCCUGAUUUUAGAAGAUGGUAUUUAAAUCAAUACACUAUUUAAAGUGUUUUGCAUCUAAAAUGUGUGGGAAAAUGAGAUUUUGUAUUGAAUUGUAUGUUUCUCUUUCUUAUAUGAAUUUUCUUUCUUUUUUUUUGAGGAAACAUUUUCAUUACUUUUUCAAUGGGUGCUAACUAACCAUAAAGCUAUGGAAAACAACCAUUUCUGAAAUUUCACCAGUACAUAUCUUUGCUUUUGUAACAUUUUGCAAGUACUUCUUCAGUGUUUAUCAUUUGAAGAGUGCAUAUAAAUGAUGUGAGAAAACUAAAAAAACUAUUCACCUUCCAGUCUUAGGAGGCAAUUGUCUUAGAGACAAUAUUGCAGACAUACAACACAGUGUAAAAGAUACAUACACAUGUGAAAUUUAAAAUUAUUCCACCCUAAUCAGACCAUUUUUUAGAAGAUGUGAUUUAGCUAUUCAGUAACAUCAGUAACAAUGGAGAUACUUGGAAUAACAGAAUCAGGUCUUGGAAACUCUACAUUCUCCACCCUACUCAGUUUAACAAAAUUAGGAAGGUCUGCAUCAAAUUCAAGAUUUAAUUAUCUGAGGAGAUGGCCUUCAACAGAUGUGUAGAAAAAAGGACAGACCACUGGUCUGAGUCAAGCUAAGACCUCAUUGGUACAGAAAAGUGAUGUAAAAACGUCCAUAUAAGGCACGGAACUUCCUGUCCCUUCCUUUUUUCCCUGCAGAGGCAACUCUGGCUGAGACAUCUUGGAGUGUUGGGUGGUGAGUUUUGCCCUUGAGCUGAUUCAGGUUCGGGCAUCUUAGCUGAGCCCCUUUGCAGGUCAGGCUGAUUCCUUCCUCCUUUAUACUCCAAACCCUUACUCCCUUAUCUCCUGAUCUCCCCACCCGAUACUAAUGGGGGGGGGGGGGGAGAGGGAGAGAAAAAAACCUACUCCUUUUUCUUCCUUCUUCUUAAUCUUCUCCACUUUCAAUUAAAUCACCACAAAAUUUGGCAGUGGACUUGGGUAUGUUAUUAUUUGGGUUUUUCAUUAGGACUUUUAUAAAUAAAACACAUGACGACCUAAAUUAAUUGUACAUUCAGUCUCAGCCAUAAUUUCACCCUUUACACCGUUAAGCGUCUAAGGCGCGUCUUCCUCUUCUCAACUGCGUUCCUUAUCUGUUCCUCGGGCUCAGAGUCUUUGCAGAGAACAGCCGAGGCUCCAGUCGUCCUCUUUUGUCUUCCAGGUCUGCGUGCUUUCCUGGCUGACCUCUGGCCCAUCCCCAGCUGAUGCCCAUCUCCAGGCUUGUCGGACGUGGCCCUCCUUGGCCAGUGUCUCGGCUGAGUCCUGCCCCGGGGUCGGCACUCAGCGGGGCCCGUCCCAGGCCUUCCUGGAUCCUGCUGCUUUUCCUGGCAUUUAGCCCCGACCCUCGCCUCGCUCUUGAUGCACUGAGGCUGCUGGUCCGCCCCUUGAUUUCCGGGCCUGUCGGGCUGGGAUCGCCCCUGCCUGGCGCAUCUGGCAUCGCGGAGCCGCUCUACCGGCCCUCCUCCGCCCGCCUGCCCGGCUCCUGUCGGGAGUUUAUACGCCACCCUUUAUGGGAGACGCCUUUGGCUGUGCAGUAGAAGAUUGGGAGAGUCGACCCAAAACCAAGGAGACAGCUCCAGAGCUGGGUGUUUCCAUGGAAACCUUCCUCAAACGACUCCCAAGGAUUCAUCCUGGGCAGAAACCUUAUGAAUGCAAUGAAUGUGGGAAGACCUUCUGCUGGAUGGGCGAGCUUGUUCGACAUCAGAAGAAUCACACCGGGGAGAAGCCUUACGAAUGUAAUAAAUGUGGGAAGACUUUCCUCUGGUUGGGCGAACUUAUUCGACAUCAGAGAAGUCAUGUUGGAGAGAAACCUUAUAAAUGUAAUGACUGUAGGAAGGCCUUCUUCUGGAUGGGCGAGCUUGUUCGACAUCAGAAGAAUCACACUGGGGAGAAGCCUUACGAAUGUAAUGAAUGUGGGAAGACUUUCCGCUGGAUGGGCGAGCUUGUUCGACAUCAGAAGAAUCACACUGGGGAGAAGCCUUACGAAUGUAAUGAAUGUGGGAAGACUUUCCGCUGGAUGGGCGAACUUAUUCAACACCAGAGAAGUCAUGUUGGAGAGAAACCGUAUAAAUGUAAUGAAUGUAGGAAGGCCUUCUUCUGGAUGGGAGAGUUUAUUGAACAUCAGAGGUGCCAUACUGGAGAGAAGCCUGAAUUUAAUCAGUGUGGGAAAGUCUUCCUCCUGGGGAGAGAACUUACUCCACAUCAGAGGGGACUUACAGGAGGAAAACCCUGUGAGAGCAAUGAAUGUGAGAAAGGCCACUCCCAGAGGCCGGACUAUACUCAAAGAAUUCAUACUGGAGAGAAACCUUAUGAAUGUAAUCAGUGUGGGAAGGCCUUCCGCCUGAGAGAAUACCUUACCCGACAUCAGAUAGUUCAUAACAGAAAGAAGUGCUAUAAAUGUAAUGAGUGUGGGAAGGCCUUCUCUCUGAGUACAAAACUGAUUUGUCACCAGAGAAUUCAUACUGGAGAGAAACCUUAUGAAUGUAAUGAAUGUGGGAAAUGUUUCUUUCGUGUAUCAGACUAUGCUAAACACCAGAAAAUUCAUACCGGAGAAAAGCCUUAUGGAUGCAGUCAGUGUGGGAAAGUCUUCUACAUGAGAGCACGAUUUCUUCGACAUCAGAGAAUUCAUAUUAUAGAAAAGCCUUAUGAAUGUAAUGAGUGUGGGAAAGCCUUCUGCCAAAACAUUGACCUGAUUUGUCACCAGAGAAUUCACACUGGAGAGAAACCGGAUGAGUGUGAUGAACGUGGGAAGACUUGCUGCCAGAAUGGGGAUCUUCCUCAACAUCAGAGGGACUGCUAAUGACUGCACAGAUUGACUUUCAGUGACCUUGCUAGCCUCUAUGGCUUUAAAUGAUCAUUUCUAUUAUUCCCAGAUCUAUAUCCCUGACCUCAGCCCCCUGAGCUCCAGUACCCAUAUCACCAACAGCACAUUUCUAUCUGGAUGUCUCAUCAGCAUCUUAAACUUGGCACGCCCAAAGCAGAAUUGAUUGUUUAUACCUCUAAGACGAUCCCUUUUAACUUCCCUAUUUCACCUGAGGGUACCACUGUCCUCAGAGUCAUCCGUGAAUCCUCACUUGCCCUUGUCCCUCUCAUGUGUGUCCCCUUCUGUGUACUCACACAGCCACCACCCCAUUGUGUGCCCUCAUCCCCUCCUGCCGUUGAUUCCUAAAGGUUCUCUGUGCUUCUAUUCCAUCUUCCACCCAGCUACCAAAGUGAUUUUUGUAACAGAAGGGAGUCACUGUUACUCCUAUAUUUGCUACAUUUCAGUGACUCCCUAUUAUCCCCACGUUAGAUCUGUUAGAAACUCCCAGCAUGGCUCUAACUUGCCUUUCCAGACUUAUUAUGUGGCAUUCCCCUUCACACAUUCUUUGGUCCAGCUAAAGUGUCACAGGCAAGCGACUUGGAGUCAGGAAGACCCGGAUUGUCUCCAGCCUCAGACACUCAUUAGCUGUGUGACCGUUAGUUGCCUGCCUCAGUUUCCUCACAGGAAAAUGGGGAUUACAAUAGCAUCUACCUCCCAGGAUUGAGUGAAGGUAAAAUGAGACGAUUUCUAUUAAGUGCUUUGUAAGCCUUAAAAUGCUAUAUAAAUGCUAGCUCUUGUUCUUGGUGUCAUCACUACUCCCGAUACACUGUUCCCAGCACAAGCUCUGCUCCUAUGCUCACCCAGUGACUGAAUCCUACCCUGUACCUUAUGGCAGAGGGUAGGAUGGGAGCCCAGUGUGAGGCCUUUACGUUCAUGCCCGUUGAGCCGCCUCAUCCUCGACUGCCAAGGUGUCAUGCCUGCCAAUCUGGCAGGUGUGCUGUCGAUCCCUGCCCAGUCAACACAGAAUCCUUGCUAGCGCUUUCAAUUCAGCCAUUCAUUGAACUGAGUUGGACUGUGUGGAUGCAGAGGUGCUUCUUGGGCCCCCUCUGCCUACAGAGCCCUGUGAAGAAGACCUGGGACAGCUGCCAGUCUGGCGGAAACUUCCCCCCGUGGCACUUUGUCUUAUGGACCCUGGGCCAAGCAGACUCCGCUAGGAUGUAACAACGUGCCCUGCGGCCUAGAGAGUGUGAGCAGGUGCAGCCCACGGUCAUCAGCCCUUUUCCAUCGGAGGGUGGCACCAGCACCCUAUGGAGCAUGCACAGCCACAGAACUUGAACCCAGCUCUUCUGCAUGCUGCCAAGACUGCUGCUGUACUAGUUGCUCUAAUAACAGUAAAGAUAACAGCAUUUA